CUCCGUGCCCGACUGCGGAUCGCGUCCUUCCUUUGCUUUUUCUGAUCGGCUUGUCACCGCGCCGCGCACGAAUCAGGGGUUCGAGCGGCGCGGCAUCCCGCAAUUUGACCCCCGACUAGGCCUCUUGCCUUCGAUCUCGCUAGGUUAUUCACAAAAAUGACAGCAGCUAAGCCACCUAGUACCCCGGUCUCGAAGGUCGAAAAGAUGUCAGUAUGUACCCCUGGAGGCUCCAGAGUCAAGGAGGAGAAGAUUUUUGUCACUGUACGUGUGAGACCUCUGAGUAGAAAGGAACUGUCACUAAAGGACCAAGAAGCAUGGGAAUGUAUCGAUGACAACAAAAUUGUGUUCAAGAUGUCAUCUCAGGACCGCUUCAAUUCACCAUCUUCCUACACUUUUGACAAAGUAUUUGGACCAACUUGUUUGACUGAGAGAGUCUAUGAAGAAGGAGCCAAGAAUGUUGCAUUAUCAGCACUGACAGGAAUCAAUGCUACCAUCUUUGCUUAUGGGCAGACUAGCAGUGGAAAAACAUUUACCAUGAGGGGAAUAACUGAGAAUGCGGUGAAUGAUAUUUACAAGCACAUAAAUAAUACUCCAGAGAGAGACUUUACCAUAAAAAUUUCUGCUAUGGAGAUAUACAACGAGAUAGUAAGGGAUCUGCUUAAACCAGAUUCUGGCGCCCUUCGCUUGCUAGAUGAUCCUGAGAGAGGAACUAUUGUUGAUAAAUUGGAAGAAGAAAUGGCAAAAGAUAGUCAGCAUCUGAGAUAUCUAAUUGGAACUUGUGAAGCACAACGGCAAGUUGGUGAAACUGCUUUGAACGAUAACAGCUCCAGAUCACACCAAAUAAUAAGGCUGACAGUGGAAAGUACCCUACGUGAGAAUUCAGACUGUGUGAAAUCUUUUGUCGCUAGCCUGAACUUUGUGGACCUUGCGGGAAGUGAAAGAGCUGGACAAACUCAUGCAAGUGGUGCUAGGCUUAAAGAAGGCUGCCAUAUAAAUCGAAGCUUGUUGAAUCUUACAACAGUAAUUAGAACAUUGAGUCAAGGGAAGCGAGGUGUCCAUAUUCCGUACAGAAAUUCAAAAAUAACACGUAUAUUACAGAGCUCUUUAGGAGGGAAUGCGAGGACUGCCAUUAUCUGUACUCUGAGUCCAGCAAUAAGCCAUGUAGAACAAUCUCGAAAUACAUUAUUCUUUGCGACUUGUGCUAAGGAAGUUACCAACUCAGCACAAGUUAAUGUGGUUGUAUCAGACAAACAGAUGGUUAAACAGCUGCAAAAGGAAGUUGCAAGACUCGAAGCAGAAUUGCGCACUCCAGAAACCUCUGCAUGCCCUGAGGCCCUUCUGAUGGAGAAAGAGUUGAAAAUUAAGCGGAUGGAAAUGGAAAUGGAAGAACUAAAGCGAGAAAGAGAUCUUGCCCAAUUACAGUUGGAUGAAUUACAACGGAAAGUUAGUGAUGGUCAUAUAGCGGGUUUAAAUCCAUGUGAAUCAUCACCUCGGCGAGUUGUAAAAUCUCUCACCUUUUCUGGGACAUCACCAUCACCAUAUACCGGUGAAAAGGGUCAUGGGAAAGUUGAACGUGUGAGAAAUCCAACGAGGCAAUCAUCGACUAUUCCAUCCAUGCUCGUGCAUGAAAUUCGCAAGCUCGAACAAUUACAGGAGCAGCUUGGAGAGGAAGCAAACCAAGCACUUGAAGUUUUGCAGAAAGAGGUGGCUUGCCACAGACUUGGUAACCAAGAUGCCGCUGAAACCAUUGCCAAACUUCAAGCAGAAAUAAGGGAGAUGCGUGCUUUUAGAUGUCUGAGUAAAGAGGUUGGCCUUUGCAAUGAGGAUAUGAGCCAGAAUGCUGGAGCAAACCUGAAAGACGAGAUUACAAGACUCCAUACACAGGGCAAUUCCAUUGCCAAUCUCGAGGAAAAGCUGGAAAAUGUCCAAAAAUCUUUAGACAAGCUAGUGAUGUCUCUUCCAAACAGCAAUUGUUCUGUUGAGACGAAUACAAAGUCUUCAAAGUUGCAAUUCAAGAAGAAGAAGAUGCUUCCUUUGACCAUGAGCAGCAAUGCAAACCGACCACACAUCAUAAGAGCACCAUGCUCUCCUCUCUCAUCUUCCCGGCAGGUGUUGGAUUCUGAGGUGGAGAACAAAGUUCCAGAAAAUGAUACGGAAUCCCAUGAGAACAUUUCAGGUUCAGAGAAAGUCACACCAUCCAAGAGCGAGGAUGGUGGAGACAUCUCAUCAAGGGAUGAAACACCACGCUAUCAGCGUUCCAGUUCGGUAAACAUGAAAAAGAUGCAAAAGAUGUUCCAGAAUGCUGCGGAGGAAAAUGUGAGGAGCAUAAGAGCAUAUGUCAUAGAAUUGAAAGAACGUGUUGCUAAGCUUCAGUAUCAAAAGCAGCUGUUAGUUUGCCAGGUGUUGGAAUUAGAAGCUAACGAGGCUUCAGGGUAUGAUGAUGGUGAAGAAUGUGAAGAGAAUAUUUCAGAUCUAGAAAAAUCCCCUGCUGCAUGGAAGUCCAGAUUCGAGGAACAAAUGCAGCAGAUUAUACAUCUAUGGGAUGUUUGCCACGUAUCGAUAAUACAUCGCACUCAGUUUUAUUUGCUAUUCAGAGGUGAUCCAGCGGAUCAGAUAUACAUUGAAGUAGAGGUCAGGAGAUUGACAUGGCUCCAAGAGCACUUCGAUGAAGUGGGAAAUGCGAGUCCUGCUCCGACGGGGGAUGAUCCAAUUUCUCUGUCAUCAAGUAUCAAAGCAUUGAGACAUGAAAGAGAAUUCCUUGCCAAGAGGCUGCAAUCGAGAUUGACAGAGGAUGAGCGAGAGCGGCUAUACAUCAAGUGGCAAGUGCCCCUUGAAGGGAAGCAGAGAAAGCUUCAGUUGGUGAGCAAGCUGUGGACAGAUCCAAAUGAUGCAGCACACAUCGAAGAAAGUGCUGACAUAGUGGCCAGGCUGGUCGGUUUCUGUGAGGGAGGAAAUAAUAUGGCCAAGGAGAUGUUCGAGCUGAACUUUGCACUGCCAGCAAGCAAGAAGCCAUGGCUUCUUGGAUGGCAGCCCAUAUCAAACUUGCUAGGGCUGUGAUCGGAGAGUCAUCACAUAACGACUAGAGAUGACAAUGUCCUUCCUGCUGAUGAUGGACUGAACUCUUCAGAAAUGAGGUUCCUGACACACACAACACAAGCAAAGCCCACACAAAUUAUUGAUUUCACUUAGGAAACAUGGGAAUCCAAUGGAAGUGAACUCUGAAGACGAGAGAGAUCAUUCAUGUAUGUAUCUAUCUGUGUACAUAAACUGUGCAGCUGAAGGAGCAUUUAUUACAAAAACCUCUUCUAUCAUUUGAAUUUUUUUGAA